AUGGAUGCAUCACAGCUUGAGGCUGGUUUGCCCACCGCAAACCAGGAAAAACGGUCCCUAGCGGCAGCCUACUCGCCCAAGACAGCCCAUAACGAGCCACAGCCCCAGCAUCGCAGGAAGAUGCAGUCUUCAAGGCGUGUUAUUCUCGCCAUACUGGCCUUGGUACUCGUCACUCUGGGAGUGGCAUCGGCAGUACCAGCACGGUCAUGGGGUCACGGGCCUUGCGACGCUCAGGAAGUUGAGGGCGUUCACGUUCAGCCCGAAGGAGGCAAUGAGGAGUCAGGCAGCUUUCCGUGCCUGUUGAACGCCGUAUCGAGCGAGGCUCUGCACGAUGUUCUGCACCGGUACUUUCCCAAUCGUUUCAAGGAUGGCAUCUAUGAGUCCGAUAAGAAUGCCAUGGAGGCUGUCCACCGCGAAGACGCCUCUCUUGCAACAUCCUUGGUGAAGAUCGCCAAGCGUCAAGGUGGUGGCGGCAACAACACCACCUCUGCCGCGCCGACGACCCCGCAGCCGCCGCCUUCGACCACCAGACCAGCUCCCACGACUCCUACCACCACUUCAGCUGAGACUACCCCGACAAGCCAACCACCUACGACCGGGCCUGCUCCUACCACUCCCUCGACACGGCAAACCACUCCCAGCACAACCGCACCUACAAGCACGUCUUCUACCACGCGUGUGCGGUCCUCGAGGCCUGUAACAUCCACCUUCACGUCGACUGCCUCUAAUGGUGGACUGGUCAUUGUUACCCAGACCUCCUUUGUAGACGCCGACCCGGGCGAGCCUACUGGCACCAACCCCGGUGGGAGCUUGCAGACCAACGCGGCGGUGCCGCGCGCUCGCAACAUUGCUGUAGAGGCUUUCGCCGGUGUCUUGCUGGGCGGUUUGAUUCUCGUAUAA